UCCCAGGGCAGGGAUCGGAGUGGAGCUCCAGAGGCUGGAAUGCGGGAGGCGCCUCCUCUCCUUUCCUUUCAACGAUGGAGAACUGAGCGGUUGCUGCUGGGCUUCCCGGAGGGGAUCCUAGUCAGCCCCCUGGUGUGGCUCUGGAUUGGGAACUUUGCACUCAGCUCUGCCCUCCUCCUCUCUGCCAGCCUCGCCAUGGGACAGGCACUACUAGUCCUCCUGUUGUCUGCAACUGUCUCACUCCUUGGUGGACUAAUAUUUGGAUAUGAGCUCGGAAUUAUCUCUGGGGCCUUGCUACAGCUGCAAGUAGACUUCCAUCUUGGCUGCUUUGAACAGGAAGUCCUUGUGAGUUCUUUACUCACUGGUGGUCUCCUGGCUUCUUUGGUUGGGGGCAUCUUCAUUGACCAACAGGGAAGACGGAAAGCAAUAUUGGUCAGUAAUGCAGUUUUACUAUGUGGCACCCUCAUCCUGACACUUGCUGGGUCACUUCUUUGGCUCAUUUGUGGGCGCAUGACCAUAGGCUUUGCAAUCUCCAUGUCAUCUAUGGCAUGCUGCAUUUAUGUCUCUGAAAUGGUGGCUCCCCAUCAACGGGGUAUGCUGGUUUCCCUCUAUGAAACUGGCAUCACCAUGGGAUUUUUACUUUCAUAUGCACUGAAUUACUUCUUUUCAGAAAGCAAGGAAGGUUGGCGUUACAUGUUUGGCCUCGCUGUUGGUCCAGCAGUCAUUCAAUUUCUCAGCAUUCUGUUCCUUCCAAAAAACUGUGUGAACAUUAAUGUACACUACAGUGGGAGUCGCAAAAGUCUCAUCCAAUUUCAGAAGAAUGAAGAUGGUGAAGCUUUCUUGCCAUCAUGCCAUAAAGAAAAGCAUUAUUCCUUCACAGACCUAUUUAAAUCCAAGGACAACAUGAGGAGCCGGACUUUGGUGGGGCUAGGAUUGGUACUCUUUCUGCAAUUUACAGGGCAGCCCAACAUCCUUUGCUAUGCUUCCACCAUAUUCCGCUCUGUGGGAUUUCAGAGUGACUCUUCUGCCAUCCUAGCUUCUGUUGGUCUUGGAGUGAUGAAGGUGCUUGCAACUCUUUUUGCAAUGGUUCUUGCAGAUAGGGCUGGCAGGAGGGUGUUGUUGAUGGCUGGGUGUAUAGUGAUGGCCUUGUCAGUAGCUAUUAUUGGAUUGACCAGUUGUUCUAUUCCACUAGAGAUGACAAAAGACUGUGAAACACUUAUUGAGUCAAGCAACUCUUCCUUCAGCUCAGGUCGCCUUCCCAUAAAGUCUGUUUCCUCUGAGCCACCUUCAUCAUAUUUCCCACUGGCAUCAGGUCCUAGUGAAAUUCCAGUGAAAUCAACUUUUGCCCUCACAGGAUCAGCAGCUGUUGCCAAAACACUUGCCAGUAGUGAAAACGGAGAGAGAAUAGCAACCAUUCCUUCACACACUGAGCAGGUCCCCUUUCUCAAUCGCUCAUUUGAAGGAAAAGAACAAGGUCCCAGCUCAUCUGUCAGUGAGGCUCCUUCGAAGAAAUAUAUGCUUCUAAAUUGGAUUACAUUGCUAAGCCUGAUGGCUUUUGUGAGUGCAUUCUCAAUUGGAUUUGGACCAAUGACAUGGCUCAUCCUCAGUGAGAUCUAUCCUGCCAGCAUACGAGGAAGAGCCUUUGCCUUCUGCAGCAGUUUCAGCUGGGCUGCCAAUCUCCUGAUCAGUCUCACCUUCUUGGACCUCAUCGAUGCCAUUGGUUUAUCAUGGUUGUUCCUUCUCUAUGGAGUAGUUGGAGUUGUGGCUGUUCUGUUUAUUUACCUUUUUGUACCAGAAACCAAAGGACAAUCACUAGAAGAAAUAGACCAGCACUUCUCUAAGAAACGCCCAUGAUAUCUGCAGAACCAUUUCUGUACUGAUGAGUGUGAAUCCUCUAUCCCUGAAAUGGGCUCAGCAUCUUGAAUAUCUCCUUUCAAGUGUGGAUUAAAACCUGGAGCAUAUUUGUUGCCCCAGUGACAUGGAAGCCAGCACUGCACCAGGUAUAACUGAUGUUAAUGCUAACAAAGAGACACCUGAGUCUCCAUUGCAAUGCAAACCAGCUGUGAACUGGCUUUUAGAGCCUGGGACAUUCUUGGAUUAUACUUUUGUAUAUGAGGGGUGAAGUUACUGUAUUUGUCCAGAUGGUAACAGGAGCUCCCAUUUGUCACGAGACCUUACAAAAUAAGUAAGUGUGGGUUAAGAAUGAAUUCAGGAAGAGUUGUAAAAAAAAAGGCAACUAUCUCAUAUACAAUCUUUGAAUGAAAAGCUCAAAAGGCAUCAGAAGACUCCCUGGGGCAAGAAACCCUCAUUUUGGGAGGAACUGAGCUUCGAACUUUGUUUUCCAGACUCACUGUGUGCAAUUGGUCAGAUAAUGGUUACAAAUGCCUCCUGCUGCCUACUUCCUAUGCAAUCACAUAGCCUAGUACCUCAGUGAUAUAAAGUGAAGCUUUGGUUACCAAAUGGAAGGUUUUGCUUUCACUGUAAUGAAUGCCUUGCUCAAGGUUUGACUUGAUGACAAAUCAAGGGCAGAUGACAAAAGGGAUCAUUUGAGAAAGAGAUAUUGCUUUAUCUAUUUAAGGCCACCUUGGCAUGUUGCUAGUACUGAGGUGGAAGUGUCAUUAGUGGGGAAAGUGGUUUUACAAGGCAGCCAGGGUGUUUACAGCAGCAAUCCCAAAAUUAUGGAAUGUCCUAUUGGAAGAGAUCCAUUGCAUUACCACCCUAGAGGCCUUUAUGAAAGCACUCAAAAUGGAUCUCUUCCGAUGGGCUUAUCCACCAGAUUCUAUAUAAAUGUUGGUGACAAUAGCCCACUCUUGACUUCAACCACUGAUUACUGAUAAAUUGAUUUUAGAGUACUAAUAGGAAUUCCUAAAUUCAAUAUUAGUGUUUUAUUGAUUGUACAGUGGACGCUGUGGUUUG